AAAAAGACCAACACUACCCAGCGCCAAGAUUCACUGUAUUUGGGAUUCUUCCAUCUGUGGAGAGUAGAGGAAGAAAAGCAAAUCCAUGGAAGCCCCUAAAACUGUGCCACCCCAAAGCCAAAAUCUUCCUCCUUCUCAGCCACCCAUGAACAGAAAAAGGCCACUUGACAUCUCCAAGUCACAAAACUCCCCUUACAACAAGAUGAGACUCAUUGUUAAAGAUCUUCGACCCCAUGUUAUCGAGGUUCUCCGUACUCCUGACUUCCGCAAUUGCAAGGCUGCUACUGAAAUUCGUCAGCAGUUGAAUCUCCUGAUAGAUCUUUACAAGGAGGUGAUGGAAGAAACAGUAAACCCAGAGGUGGCUAAGGAUGCACCCGGAGCCCAGAUUUCUUCAGUGGAUAUCAUGGAUGAAGAAAAGCCUAGUGAGCAACAGAAAGACACGAAACCUCCUCCCGAAAGUGAGGCCUCUGUGAAGCCUGAAGGCGAUUCAUCUGAGAAACAGGAAGCUGAAGAUGAUGGGGUCCAAGGGACGGGUACAUAUGUCGUUGGAGGUUCAGCAUUUGGCUGGAACUUCAUAACAUACACCAGCGGGAAGGCUAUCUAUUAUGGACGAACCAAAGAGUCCUUCCGAUCUUCAUAUGUUAAAUCUGAAUGAAGUUCCCAAAGUUCAAUUUUACUCUCUAUUUUAGGGAUUAGAAUUGCUUGAUGUGUGCACUAUUAUAGAUUCGGAUAUUUGGUUAGUUCUACGACCUCUUUUCCUCCCUCCUCCUCUAUCUUGUAUGUAUCGACUAUCGAGUAUAACUGCUGCAUCGUCUAAAACUCUUGAAAUUUCAACCAGGAUCCACCUAUGUACUUGAGAGACAAUCUCUUUAUUUGAGCAUGACAUAACAUAUGAAGAAACCUACAUAUCUAUAGCAAUCUCUUUAAGGUGUAUAUUGUUAUGAAA